AUGAAGGUCGCUGGACUCUUCUGGCUGCUGCCUGCACUUGUUGCCGCUCAGUCAUCAACUGUUACUCUAUCACCAUGGCAGACUGGAGAAGUCACUCCUGAUGGUACCUGUGGAAAGGGCACGGGCUUCGUUUGCAGUCCUACCUGGGGUGCAUGCUGCUCCGGCGAUGGCAUUUGCGGUCGAUCUAGCAAAUACUGUGGCGAAGGAUGUCAACCUUCUGCUGGUAACUGCAAUGCUGCUGCACCUCCACCGGAAGCUCCCCCAGGCCCUGGAAGUGUCUCACCUGACGGCUCUUGCGGCGGCACAAAUAAGUUCAUCUGUGCCGGGAGCCCCUUCGGAGAUUGUUGUUCUGAGCAAGGUUGGUGCGGCAACUCUACCGCCCACUGCGGUAACAACUGCCUUCCUGACUUUGGAACAUGCGGUCCUCCCAGUAACAUCACCUUUGAUGGCCAAUGUGGCGCCAAUGGCAAGAUUUGUCUAGACUCUGGCUAUGGGGACUGCUGUUCUGGUUCCGGAUGGUGCGGUGACAAGACUGAUUACUGCGGUGCUGGCUGUCAAAAUGGCUUCGGCACAUGUACCGGCGGCGACUCUGGUAAUGUCUCAACUGACGGGUCUUGCGGGAAGAAUGGCAAGACCUGUAAAGGAAGUGCCUUUGGAGACUGUUGUUCUGCUGAAGGAUACUGCGGUAAGACCGAUGACUUCUGUACUGCUGGUUGUCAGUCCAACUUCGGAACUUGUGCUGCCGAAACUGAUAUUUCCACUGACGGCUUUUGUGGCAAGAACGGCAAAGUUUGCAAAGGCAGCAAGUAUGGCGAUUGCUGUUCCGCGGAAGGAUACUGUGGCAAAGACAGCCACUGCGGUGCAGGCUGCCAGCCCAAGUUCGGCACAUGCGCUGCUGAGACCAACGUCUCUACCGACGGCUUCUGCGGUAAGAAUGGUAAGGUUUGCAAAGGAAGCACAUACGGUGACUGCUGUUCUGCCCAAGGCUAUUGCGGUAAGGAGACGGGCCAUUGUGACGCAGGAUGCCAGAGCGCGUUCGGAAGUUGCAACAGCGCUGCUGGGAACAUCUCAACGGAUGGCCAAUGUGGCAAGAAUGGAAAGACUUGCAAGGGCAGCACCUUUGGCGACUGUUGCUCUCCUCAGGGCUGGUGCGGAAAGGAGAAGGAUCAUUGCGGUACGGGUUGUCAAUCCGGCUUUGGGACUUGUGAUGCCUCAGCUGGCAACAUUUCUACUGAUGGAAGCUGUGGCAAGAAUGGCAAGAUUUGUAAGGGUAGUCAGUGGGGUGACUGUUGCUCCAAGAACGGCUACUGUGGCAAGGGUGAUGACUACUGCCGUGAUGGAUGUCAGACAGCCUAUGGUCUCUGCACUGGUAUCUCCACUGAUGCUGAAUGUGGUUCAAGGAACGGCAAGACUUGUGUAGGUUCUGGUCUUGGGAACUGUUGUUCUGCCAAUGGGUUCUGCGGGAGCACUUCGACUCACUGCGGUCAGGGCUGUCAAAAGGGUUCCUCCAGUGCCUGUCUGACGAAGGAUAUUCCUACCCUUGACGGCUCAUGCGGCAGUAAAGUUGGUCUUACUUGCGCUGGUGGUCCUUUCAAUGGCCAGUGCUGUAGCGUUGCAGGCUACUGCGGAACGAGCACACAUUGCGGCUCUGGAUGGUAA